UCAGAGAAACCUACAUGAGAAUAAAGACAGUGAAUAAAUACUUGGUUAAUGUGAAAUUCAGGCGUUUUUACCCAACGACAGAAAAGUGCAAAUGGAAAACUACACUGGAAAUGAAACGCAAGUUAAUUCGGAAUCUUACCCCACAGAAGCCAAGACCGGAGGGAAUGGUGUGCGGACGCUAAUUGGAUGCAUUUUGUUUGUUCUCAUUGUGUCGACACUACUGGGGAACACUCUCGUGUGCGCCGCAGUCGUUAAAUUCAGACACCUCCGGUCCAAGGUAACCAACUUUUUCGUGAUUUCUCUGGCUGUGUCAGACCUCUUCGUUGCCGUCCUCGUGAUGCCAUGGGAGGCAAUAUCUGAAGUGACUGGGACCUGGCUGUUUGGUAGAUUUUGUGGCAUAUGGAUAGCUUUUGACAUAAUGUGCUCGACGGCAUCAAUUCUUAAUCUGUGUAUCAUAAGCGUGGACAGAUACUGGGCUAUUGCAAGUCCUUUUAGAUAUGAACGGAAAAUGACCCACAGAGUUGCAUUUAUCAUGAUUGCAGUGGCGUGGACGCUGUCAAUUCUCAUAUCCUUCAUACCUGUCCAAAUGAACUGGCACGUGGCCGAGGAGGAGACAUCAGCGGGAAACGUUAGCAACCACUCCGAGAACUGCAUAGCGAACUUGAACAAGACCUAUGCUAUUUUCACAUCACUGAUCAGUUUCUACAUCCCAGUUGUUAUCAUGGUUGCCACCUACACGAGGAUUUUCCGUAUUGCGCAAACACAGAUACGGAGGAUAUCCUCAUUGGAGAGAGCUGUGGAGCAAGCGCAAAAUAACCAACACCCAAACGUUUGCGCACACGAAAACGCAUUGAAAACUGCUUUUAAAAAGGAAACAAAGGUCUUAAAGACCCUCUCCAUUAUCAUGGGAGUUUUUGUUUUUUGCUGGCUGCCCUUUUUUGUCCUAAACUGCAUGGUACCUUUCUAUGACCCUCCGUGUGUAAGCGACACCACGUUUACAAUUUUCGUUUGGUUUGGUUGGGCCAACUCUUCGUUAAACCCCGUCAUUUACGCAUUUAACGCGGAUUUCAGAAAAGCCUUUACAACUAUUCUAGGCUGCAAUAAAAUGUGUUCAAGCAAUACAUUGGAGGCUGUUAAUUUCAGCAAUGAAUUGGUGUCCUAUCACCACGACACAACGCUCCAAAAAGACGCACAAGUCUUAAUGGCUACACACCAUCCAAACGCAAUCCCUAACUUGGGAGAGGACACAACCCCACUGUUCGACAAAGUUUCUCUUAUCUCAAUCGCAUCCCGCAAUCACAAGAACAUGUUUCUGCCAGCCAAUGUCCAAUUCCAGUGUGACGGGGAAAUGUAAUUUACCACAGCUGGAGCCAUGGAGUGCGAUGCAAUCCAUGGUCAAAUCCACGAUUAGAAUCUUGCACAAUUGUAGGCUAUGAUUUAUUCAUGAUUUAUUUGAUUUAUUUGUAUUUAUUUAAGUUAUAUUAUAUUGUGAAAUCAUUCACUUAUGUUGUUUUGCAUAAUGCCGUGAGCAAUGUUAUAAUUUCUUUAUUAUCUCACUGAUCAUGAUCAAUACAUUUAUACAGUGAUUCUUUUAAAAAGUAGGCAUGUGUCUUGAUAAAUGGAAGGAAAUCACGUAGAAAGGUUAGCCUAGUUUUAGUCUUGCUAUUACACACAUUUCAAAUAAUUGAGAUUAGUUAAAUAAAGGGUAAAUAAAAAAUAUAUUAAUAAAAAGACACAAUUUAACGAAUAAGCUAUGUGAUGUGUAUUGCAUAAUGAGAGGAUAUCAUUACAUUUUGUUAGUGUUUUUUUUCUCUUGCCAAAAUACUUGUUCUAAUUCAAUGAGGAUGGUGGUAGUGUUUCUGUAGCAAAGUAGCUCUCAAACACCAUGGGAGUAAUCUAUUUAAAAUCAAAUCACAUUUAUUUGCAAUAAUGGUAAAAUAAUACUUAAUGAAAAGGUAAUUAUUUUGGUAUAAGUUGAUAUGUUUAAUCAGAUACAGUAUAUAAUAAUGGAACCAUAACUUGACAUUGUUUUGUGAAAAUAGCUGUAGAAAUCUUGUAAUCUUUUGCCACCUCUUACUCAAGUUAAGUCAUCAUUUAUUUAAAGUGCAUUUCACAAUGUCUCAACACACUUUACAAAGAACAUUUAAAUUAAAAAAUGUAAAAUAUACUCAACCAUUUGUGAAUGAAUAUAGCUAGAAAAAUAUGUAGAACUGAUUAUGUUCUUGCCAAAGCUUCACUAUAAUCGCUUGCAACUGUCUUCUGCAUAGUCCCUGACAACACCAUGUAACCCAUGGUAACAGAACCACAUCUUCCCCUCUGAUAAUUGCAUCUAUUUUUAUUUUAGGAUUAUUAUAUUCUCCAAAGCUGCUCUGCGGUGUUGGCAGAUAUAAAAUAGUAAAAUGAGCCCUGGCCCAAAAUCUAAAUUAUCUCCCAUCAAAGCCAUUUUCCCCCAAUCAAAUUUGAAUAAAUGGGAAGGGUGUCUAAGAUUUAGGGCUAUAUAUUAUAGGCAUUAUGUUAUAGGGCUCCCGAGUGCCGCAGCGGUCUAAGGCACUGCAUCUCAGUGCAAGAGGUGUCACUACAGUCCCUGUUUCAAUUCCAGGCUGUAUCACAUCCGGCCAUGAUUGGGAGUCCCAAAGGGCAGCGCACAAUUGGCCCAGCAUCGUCUGGGUUUGGCCGGGGUAGGCGGUCAUUGUAAAUAAGAAUUUGUUCUUAACUGACUUUCCAGGUUAAAUACAAAAUAUAGUCUACUAUUCCAAAAUAAAAUACAUUUCACUUCACAUCUGUUAAAAAAAUUACUGUCAGAGUCACCAAAUUACACCAGUGCUGUAAAAUUGGCCACGCAGUUACUCAUUCUAUGCACUCCUAGUUUGUCCCUUUAGUUAGAAUUCCCAACAGCACCUCAGUCAAUCACGUGUAUGUUUCUUACCAAUCAGAGACAUUCUCUAUCACUUGCUUGUUGUAAUCAAUACCUCCAGGUAUUGAUUUGCGGUGGAUAAAGUUUGGGUGUUUGUAUAGAAUUUUGUAAAAUAUGUGUGUGCACUGUCAUUGCUAGCUAAGUAGCCAGUUAGCCAGGCUCACUGGUUACCUUUUCACAGUGUCAUGAACACAGUGCUUUUCAGUUACAUUAUGCUUAUACGUGCAAUAGUAAUAGCUUUGUUAUAGUAGUUACAUUCUAUGCAGAGUUUGUUGUACUGUACAGCCUGCUCGCUAUUGCAGCAGCUUACUAGCCAAGUGUCGCAUGUUGAGUCGUUUUGGUGAGCCUCUUACUCUGUUCGCCAUUACUUGGUUUAGUGACAGUUUUCUCACCAUGCGGUGGUCAUGUGUACUCUCGGGCCACAUUAUACUUUACAGUCAGAGCAUUUUGGAUCUGUAUUAUGUAGCAGUAAAGACUGCAGCUUUAUCCUGCUAUUGUCAUUCAUAUUAAUGUGUUGCAUUAUCAUUCAGUUAAGUCAAGGUGUAUCUGUAUAUAGCUUUACCCCUUUUAUGUAUUAUUGUGUACUAUAAUAUGUCCUUUUAUCUUCCACCCUUUUAGAACCACUAUCUACAGUAUAUUGAUGUCGUGUUUGUGUG